AUGAAAAAGUUCACUUUUCUUUUUUCUUUUUUAGACCUGAUAGUGCUGAAAGAAGAGACUCAAUGCAAUAAAAUGGAAGAGCAACACCAAGAAAUAACAGCUGAUGAAAAACCCACACUGACUGAAAAGACUUCAUCACUCGGAAGACCUCGGAAAUCCAAAACUGAGUGUAAUUUUAGCAGUAAACAGCGUAGAAAGAGUUUAAUUCAAAAGCGUAACCUUGGUGUUCACAGGAGAGUUCACACUAGGGAGAAACCUUACACUUGCGAACAGUGUGGAAAGAGCUUUGGUAAAAAGAGAAGCUUAAAGACCCACAUGAGAAUUCACACUGGAGAGAGGCCGUACACAUGUCAACAGUGUGGAAAGAGUUUUAAGCAAAUUGGCACCCUUAAAGGCCACAUGAGAAUUCACACUGGAGAGAGGCCGUACACAUGCCAACAAUGUGGAAAGAGUUUUAAGCAAAGUGCCACACUUAAAGGCCACAUGAGAAGUCACACUGGAGAUAGGCCGUACACAUGCCAACAGUGUGGACAAAGCUUCUAUUAUGCAGGAAACUUUGCAGCGCACAAGAGGAUUCACACUGGAGAAAAGCCCUACACAUGCCAACAGUGUGGAAAGAGUUUUAAGCAAAGUGGCACCCUUAAAGGCCACAUGAGAAUUCACAAUGAAGGAAAAACUCAGUGUGGGAAAAGUUUUGCUCAAAAACAAAAGCUUGACACCCACAUGACGAUCCACACUGGAGAGAAACCUUACACAUGCACAGAGUGUGGUAAAAGUUUCACAUGUAAAAGCUCACUCAUUAACCACAUGAAAACUCACACCAGAGAGAAGCUGUUUGCAUGUAAUCAGUGUGGAAAGAGCUUCACAUGUAAAGCUAACCUCAUGAACCACAUGGAUGGUCACUCUGGAAUCAUAGUGUUCAUAUGUGAUCAGUGUGGAAAGAGUCUCACACGCAAAGACUACAUUAAGCAACACAUGAAGACUCACUCAAGAGAGGAUCGUUUUAGAUGCAGUGAGUGUGGAAAGAGCUUUAAACAAAAAAUAAACCUUAGUGCUCACAUGAAGCUUCACAAUGCAGAGCAGAGUCCUCAACAUUGAGACCUUCACACAAACACGAGUAUAUUCAAAACGGCAGCAUUUUCAUGUAGUUUGGCUGUUCAUUGACAUGAAGUUUAUUUAUAAACUACUUUCGAGAGGAUCACAUGCUUAUUAUUGUUCACGACUGGUCCAGCAUUGGCUAACACCAUUCACCAAUCAGAUGAUUCCUGACUCCCUAUAAAGGACAAGAGAUUCUUACCUCUGCUAUCUUCGUCGUUAUCUUUAAGACUCACUAAAAGCCUGUUCAGACUACACAAUGCCUUUUGUCAGUUACGACAGAUGAGAUUUGUUUCAGAUUAUAAGAUUUUGACUUGAUCAAAUAUUGAUGUGUUGUGGGUAACAAAUGAAGACUUUGGUUUUAAAACACUACACAUUUAUUUUGAUGGACUAAUCUCAGAAAAGAAACAAGUUUUCUUCAUGAAGACAAUUAAACUUAAAAGAAGAAAUUAAACUUUCAAUAGACAACUGCUCGCCUUUAAAUAUACGUUCAUGUGAAAACUCCAACAUUACUACAAAUAAAUCAUUUUAUGGGAAACCCUGUGUCGCCAUUGUGAAUGAGAACAUCAGUGAUUUGUUUGCUUAUGUAACAGAGUUAUUUUGGUAAUAUUAUUUUCACUCAAAAUCCUUUUUUCUAUUGAGUAUAACUUUAAUUUACUUCAUUUGAUAUUAUUAUAUAUAUUAUUUUAUCGUUUUGAGUUCAUGCUUGUAUGUGACUUUCAGGACCUGUUCAAGUGUACUGUCACUUUAAGAGUGUAUACUCGUUUGUGUGCGCGCUCAUCGCUCUCUCAGUUCACUUCCUUCUGAGCUGAGAGAAGGUUGUCUCGUGGUUAAUGGAGACAUUAAACGGUUGUUUAAUGAAGAUCAUAAUCACAGAAUGCAUGUUUUCAACACAUUUUCUAUUUGUGCAGGUAUGUUUUUGUAUUGUUGGUAGUUUUUGUGAUUUCAUGUCAUUAAUAUUAAUUUAGUCUUAUGUUAAGCAGAUUAGUUUAAUACAUGUUCUUUCAAGAAAUCGCUAUCGCAGUUCACUUCCUUCUGAGCUGAGAGAAGGUUGUCUCGUGGUUAAUGGAGACAUUAAACGGUUGUUUAAUGAAGAUCAUAAUCACAGAAUGCAUGUUUUCAACACAUUUUCUAUUUGUGCAGAAAAUAAAGACAGUGCCAAGCGG